UGUGUGGGCGUGUCCUGCGCUGCAAAGUAAUUCCAGCCUGAGUUACUGAAGCUUCUCCUACUUUGGAAAAGUAGAGUUUCCGACCUAUGCCUCGCUAAGCGCGUCGGUUUCCUCAAAAUAAAGCACUUUUAGUUUUUCUUUCUGCGCUGCUUUGUUUUUAUCAUGGUUAACAGCCAUGUUGUCCCUCUGCUCUUUCUCCUCUGCAUCGCAUUCACUGCCCAGUCUGAGCUGGAGACAGAUGAAGUAAUUCCCAGGCUGCUGUAUGGCCAGGAGGCGCACCUAUCCGACCACACUACCCGCACCCUGCGCCGCGGUCAGCGCUCCCUGGACGCCGCGAGAGAAGGACGCUCGGAACCAGAAAACAUCAUCGUCUUACUGCCCGCUUUCGGAAGCAACCUGCAUUUAAAUCUAACGCGGGAUAGCACGUUUCUGUCCAAGGACUUUGUAGUAGAGGAGAGGUACAAGGGGGAAAGCGCAGUGGUAAACAGCUUAUCCAAGAACCAGCUAUGCUUUUAUUCUGGAGCCAUCAUUAACCAUACAGACUCUCUGGCAUCAGUUAGCACCUGCGGUGGUCUGAUGGGUUUUAUCCAGAUGGGAGAGGAGAGCCUGUUUAUCCAGCCUGCUGUUGUACAUGACCCAUCCCUGUCAUUCUCCGGUCUUAAACACCAGCUUCUGCGGCAAUCACGUUCAGCCAAGACCAAAUCUGGUCUAGAUUUUAAGCGGUCCAACUACUGUGGGGCUGUACAAGGAAGGAAGAAAGAAAGCAGUUCAAGAGUUCAAGAGAAUGAGGAGGGUCGUGGGAAGAGAGAUGCCAUUCGCCUGCACGAAGUCUACACUCUGGAGACAGUGGUGGUAGCAGAUUCGGACAUGGUCCAGUACCAUGGUGGUGAGGCAGCACAGAGGUUCCUAUUGACUGUUAUGAAUAUGGUCUACAAUAUGUUUCAUCACCCGAGUCUCAGAGUUAGACUAGACAUUCGAGUCACCAAGCUGAUGCUGCUUUACAACCGCCCAGAAAAGCUAAAGGUGGGCCAUCAUGGAGAAAGAUCUCUGGAGAGCUUCUGUCACUGGCAGCAUCAAGAAUUUGGUGGGCCUUGGUACCUUGGUACCAACCAUGUUCCCGGUGGAAGAGAUGAUAUCCCUCCAGUGGACAGUGCUGUAUUGGUCACCAGAACAGAUUUCUGUGUUCACAAAGAUGAGCCAUGUGAUACUGUGGGUAUUGCUUAUCUGGGUGGUGUCUGCAGUGCGAAGAAGAAGUGUGUGUUAGCUGAGGACAAUGGUCUCAAUUUGGCUUUCACUAUUGCUCAUGAGCUGGGACACAACAUGGGAAUGAGCCAUGAUGAUGACCACGCCACCUGCAUUGGCUAUUCCCAUAUAAUGUCUGGUGAGUGGGUGAAAGGAAGAAAUCCCAGUGAUCUUUCCUGGUCGUCCUGCAGUCGCAAUGACCUGGAGAAUUUCCUCAGAUCAAAAACCAGCACCUGCCUACUUCACACAGACCUCAGGAGGCGUUACCAGGUCCAGCUGCCCCCCAAGCUGCCCGGCAUGCACUACAGUGUGGUUGAACAGUGCCAGAUCCUUUUUGGAACCAAUGCAACCUUCUGCAGUGAAAUGGAGCACCUCAUGUGUGCUGGGCUGUGGUGCUUAAUAGAGGGAGAGACAUCCUGCAAGACUAAACUGGAUCCUCCCCUGGACGGAACGGAGUGUGGGGCAGACAAGUGGUGCAGGGCAGGCGAAUGUGUCAGUAAGACUCCCAUCCCUCAGCAUGUGGAUGGUGACUGGAGUCCAUGGAGCCAGUGGAGCUUGUGCAGCAGGACCUGUGGUACUGGAGUCCAGUUCAGACAGAGGAAAUGUGACAACCCUCCACCUGGUCCAGGUGGGCGACACUGCCCACAGGCCAGUGUGGAACACAAGGCCUGUGAAGCCCCUCCCUGUCCCAAGGGGUCACCCAGCUUCAGAGAUUUGCAGUGUCUAUCCUAUAACCAACAAGCCAACAAGAAGGGCGGCAUGCUGACUGCUAUUGUUAAUGACGAUAAGCCAUGCAUGUUGUUCUGCAGCCCAGUGGGCCGAGACGUCCCAGUUCUGAUGGCUGACAGAGUAAUGGAUGGGACUCCCUGUGGACCGUAUGAGGUGGACCUGUGUGUUAAUGGAAGAUGUCAGAAAAUCGGCUGUGACAGCAUCAUUGGCUCAUCUGCUAAAGAGGACCGCUGCGGUGUUUGUAAUGGAGAUGGACGGUCCUGUAAAAUAGUGACAGGGGACUUCAACCACACUAGGGGAAUGGCUCUCAAAGACUCAAGUAAGAGGUCCAUCAACAAUGACUGGAAAAUUGAACUUCCAGGAGAAUUUGAGCUGGCUGGAACCACUGUGCGCUAUGUUAGAAGAGGAAUAUGGGAGAAGAUGUCUGCCAAGGGACCCACUAAGACUCCUUUAUAUCUAAUGGUACUGCUGUUUCAUGACCAGAGCUAUGGGAUCCACUAUGAGUACACAGUGUCUUUAAACACAGGUCAGAACAGGAGCAGUGAGGAACAAAGGGAACCAGAGUAUCUCUACAUCUGGACACAUAGCAGCUGGCAAGACUGUAAUGUCCAUUGUGGAGGAGGAGAGAGGAGGACAGUGGUUUCAUGUAUGAGGAUAGUCAACAAAACUAUGGAGGUUGUCAACAAUAGUUACUGUCAACCUGAAAACCGACCGCAACCGCAAGUACGUCUCUGCAACACUCACCCCUGCCAGUACCGGUGGAUGACAGGUGAGUGGGGGCCUUGCUCUGUCACUUGCGGUAAAGGUCAUCAGCAGAGGGAGGUGUUGUGUCUUUACCACCUACAGAAUGGUUCAGUCAUCCACACCAGGGACCUGUACUGCCAAGGAGGAAAACCUCCUGUUUUACAGGGCUGCGAGGGCCGCCUUUGCCUCACAGCGUGGGAGGCUUCAGAAUGGUCCAAGUGUUCAUCAAAUUGUGGUCAAGGUGUCCGCAGACGUACAGUGUUGUGUACAAACCCUCAGGGUCUGUGUGAUCCAUUAUCCCAGCCAACUCAAGAAGAAUAUUGUGAGGACUUCUCCAAAUGUUACGAAUGGAAAACCGGAGACUGGUCCAAGUGCUCAUCAUCCUGUGGAAAGGGACUGCAGUCACGGGUGGUUCAGUGUAUGCACAAGGUGACCGGUCGACAUGGUAACAACUGCUCUGUGAUGCUGAGACCACCAACAUAUCGAUCCUGUCACAGUGGGAACUGUGAUGAGAAAAUUAAUGCAAAUACCAUCACCUCCCCUAGGCUAGCUGCUCUGACCUACAAGUGCUUGGGGGACAGGUGGACAGUGUACUGUCAUGUGAUCCGGGAUAAAGACCUUUGUCAGGACAUGAGGUGGUACCAACGAUGCUGUGAAACCUGUCGGGUCUUUUAUGCUAACAAAAUACUGCACAAGCGCUAAUAACCAAAAGCACAUACUCCCUUUUAAAUGUUAUAUAAUACUGAUAAAUAAUCUACAGAAAUUCUUUGGGUUUUUUUUUAUUUAAAACAAAAAAGGUAAGUAUACAUAAAUGUAUACUGGAAACAAGAAUAUUUAGCUUGUAAUUUCAAUGCACAUUAGAAAAUAUCUGAUAUUUUACUUGCUGUAGACAAAAACAAAGAACAAACUUUAUUGUACGCAGCAACUGACAAAUGUGUGUUAUAUAAUAACCUGGCAGGUCCACUAAAUAACAUGUGAUUCAGAGUAAGCAUGAACUUUCCCCUCUCCUUCUUUUGUAUUGUUUCUGUUAUAUAGCAAAUUUCAAAUCAUUGGUCACUUUUUUAAUGUUUAAGUAACAUUAUGUAAGUAUUAAUAAAUUACUGUAAUAUGUGCCUAUGAUCAGGAGCCACUGUAAAAUACUGUAGAACUCUACUGAAUCACUCCAGCUUAUAAUAGAAGACACACUGAUCUUACUCGGGUGUGGAAAGCUCAUGUAGCAGAUAACGAUGAAAACAAAUUCUGGGGCUCUGGUAGUGUUUGGUUUGCGCUCAGUCAUUCUCCACCACCCUAAGGGGGGUGUUCCAUUUUGACCUUGGGACUUUAGGCUAUAUUUGGCACAGAUAUCCCUGUAUACUAUGCCAGCCAUGCCCUGUCUGCUAGCAUCUUGGGACCUCUUUGCACAGCCUGCACCUGAGGUCUUGCCUGGUGUGGUAGAUCCCAGCCUCUAUCAAUCUUGCUUGUUCCUGUGCAGACAUGAUUAGUGCCUCUGUGCCUUCCAAAAUGGUUCCUCUACUUGCUCUUCUUCUUUCUCAAGUUACUGCCGCCUGAGAUAUUCAGAGCUGGUUGGUUUCGGUGAUGGUCACACCUUGAGAGCGUACUUCACGUAUUCUUGGUAAUCGACCAAAAGGGUCCAGUUUUCCAGCUGCCAUACUGAACACCUUGAACGCAUCAGUUUUUUGGGGGGGGCUUGGUAUCCAUCUCAGAGGGUGGGGAUCACAAUAUCUCGUCCUGACCUAAAGUCCUGGCUUCCCCUUGCCGUAGCGUUCAUGUACCUCAUUGAUCUCUAGUUGUGAUAGCAGUUGCUGUCAAUUUUGAUCCUGGUAGUUUUUGUUUUUAUAAAGUUGUGCAAAGGAAUUAGGUCAGCUAAUCUUUUUUAGUUUGAUAGUAAGAUUUUACAAUUCAAUCAUUUAAACUGCCUGUAGUGAUCAGGAGCAAGAAUAUAACUAUUUCACUAGCAGUAUCUGAUUAGAUGCACCAAGACCUGAAGCUAGUUAACCUGUAUAGUUGCAUAUACAGCUAAACACAAGUCAGAACCAGUAUUUGUUGUAGACACAGCUGACAAUUCUGUUCAGCCUGUUCAAACCUCACUGGUGCUGCUUCUUCCUCUUUUAAAACUGCCAAUCAAAAGUUAUAAGCACUUAUUUUCCUCAGUAUGAGGUGCUCAAAAGAACAUCAGUUACUAGUGUGAUUACUAUCCAGAUAAAAUAGCCAGAUAUAAUAUUUUUUCUCAAAUGGCCAAAAAAUGUAAUACUUGAUGAAUUUUAUGGGGUUUUUAAUGCUUUUAGCUGUAAGACUAGAAGGUGCUGUAUGAAUGCCAGUUCAUGUCCCUUAUACAGUCAGGGAGAACACAUGCGUGUUGGUGUGUAUAUCAUCAUAUGAUAAACGUGUUUUACAGUUGGUUGAAUGGUGCUAUCUUAUAACUUGUUUCACAUUUGUGGAAUUCAGAUUAUGUCUGUGUAUGAUCCUUACAAUUAAUGGCUGUCUGCUUUUAUUUGUUGGUGGAUUGAUACCAUUGUUUUGACAAUACUUUUUUUCUUAUGGUAUAAAUAUUCUUUAUUAUUCUUGUACUGUUCUUUGUUAGUUGCACAUACACCAUGUUUGAUUAAUAAAAUUUCAAUAGUAAGUGUUUUUCACCGUGCUGAUUGAGAG